AUGGUAGAAAUCGUAAUUACGAGCGAACAAGAAGCUUUAAAAUAUGCCAAUGGAGGCAUUAAGAUUAAAGACAAAAGUACUUAUGGUUUCCCAUCUCUUGGACCAAAUCUUGAUCACAUAUUCUCUUAUUGCCCUGAGUGCAAGUCUCUUAUAUAUGAAAAAUGCAAUAUAUCUAAACAUAUCUGCAAUUGCUUUCUUGAGAGCAAUCAUGCACUUAAGCGCACUAAAUACAACCUGUCAGAUGACUCUGAAACUGAGAAUUAUAGUAAGGAUUGCUCUGAGGUAUUUGAGAUUCUUUAUGAGCUAAUAUCUCAAUAUUGA